AUGGGAAGAGUUAUAAGAGGACAAAGAAAAGGAAGAGGCUCGAUUUUCAAGUCUCACAGUCACCAUAGAAAAGGUGCAGCCAAAUUACGUCACUUAGAUUUUUGUGAAAAAAAAGGAUAUAUAAAGGGAUUAGUAAAAGAUAUUAUUCAUGACCCAGGUAGAGGAGCACCUUUAGCAAAAAUAUUAUUUAAAAAAACUGAAAAAUAUGGAAAAAAAGAAGAAUUAAUGGUAGCUGCUGAGGGAAUGUUUACAGGGCAAUAUAUAUCAUGUGGAACUAAAGCACCUUUAUCUGUAGGGAAUGUAUUGCCUAUUGGUAAAAUGCCAGAAGGUACUUUAAUAUGUAAUUUAGAACAUAUGGCAGGAAAUAGAGGAACUUUAGUUAAGGCAUCUGGAUGUUAUGCUACUGUAGUAGGACAAUCUGAAGAUGGAAAAAAAACAAAAAUAAGAUUACCAUCAGGGGCAAAAAAAACAAUUGAUUCAAGAGCAAGAGCUAUGGUUGGUGUUGUUGGUGCUGGAGGUCGUAUUGAUAAACCAAUCUUAAAAGCAGGUGUUGCUCAUCAUAAAUAUAGAGUUAAAAGAAAUUGCUGGCCUAAAGUUAGAGGUGUUGCUAUGAACCCAGUAGACCAUCCUCAUGGUGGUGGUAACCAUCAACAUAUUGGUCAUCCAUCAACUGUUUCUAGAAGUGCUCCUGCUGGACAAAAAGUUGGUUUAAUAGCUGCUAGAAGAACUGGUUUAUUAAGAGGCGCAAAAAAAACAAAAUUAGUUGGUAAAUCAGAAAAUUAG